AUGAAAAUAUUUAAUAAAUUAAUAUUUUUAAUAAUUCAAUGUAUAUUAAUAAUAAGUGUAACAAAUGCUCAAGUUGAUUGUGGUGGUACGGAUAAUCCAUAUCCAAUUUAUAAUGAAUUACCAGUUUUAAUAAAUCAAACUACCUAUGGCAAAUUAUAUAAAAUUGGUCCACCUGAUAAUUUAAUAAAUAUAAUAGAAUUAUAUGGUACCCCAUAUCAAAGAGGUUUAGCACAAGGUCAAUUAUUAAAAUCUGAAAUUAAUGAUAUUUUUGAUAACUUUUUUGGUUAUAUUACAGUCAUGGUAAAUGAAUUAGUUACAAAAUAUGCAGAUUAUUUACCAAAAUUUUUAGUUGAUGCACUUGAAGAGGGUGGUGUUGGAUUAGCAUUAGAUAUUACAGCAGAUUUAACAAAGAAAUAUACACCAAAAUCAUUUUUUGAAGAAAUGCAAGGUAUUGCUGAUGGAAGUGGUAUUGAAUAUAAAACAAUUUUAAGAUUACAUAUGUUCCCAGAAUUAAUUAAAGCAGCUUGUUCAAUGGUUGGUGCAUAUAAUUCAGCAACACUUAAUAAAGGAUUAUUACAAUUACGAGCAUUAGAUUUUGGAUUUGAUCCAAUGAAUCCAUUAAGACUUCAUCCAACAGUAAUGAUUUAUCAUCCAGAAUCAGUUAGUGCAGGUGGUGAUGGUGGUCAUGAAUUUGCUACAUUAUCAUGGGCAGGAUUUUUAGGUACUCUUACUGGUUAUAGUCAACAUGUUGGUAUUUGUGAAAAAUAUUGGUUUGGUUAUAAUGGCACAAGUUCACGUGAAGGUAUUCCAUUCCAUUUCUUAUUACGUGAGAUUAUUCAAUUUGAUGAAUCAAUUGAUGAGGCAUUAAAUCGUAUUAUUAAUGCUGAUAGAACUUGCUCGGUUUUCAUGGGUUUAGGUAGUAAUCAAACUAAUACUUUUAAAGCAGUCGAAUAUUCUUAUGAAUACGUUAGAGUAUUUGAUGAUCAAACUCCAUUCCCAUCCUAUGUUCCAACUCCUUCUGCUCAUCCAGUAAUUCAAGAUGUAGUUUAUAUUGAUAAAUUCGUCCAACCAAGUAAUCACCAAUGUUUAGCUUCAGUUCUUCAAAAAUCACUUGGUUCAAUUGAUGUAACCUCUUUAAUCAAUGCUGCCGCUCAAUUACAAACUGGUGAUAUUCAUAUUGGUAUCUAUGAUUAUCAACAAAAUCAAAUGUAUGUUAGUGUUGGUACUCAAUCUGGUCCAUAUCCACCACCUUCAAAUUUCACUAUAGUUCCAGCAUAUGCCAGACAAUUUAUUCAAAUUGAUUUAAAUUCAUUUUUUAAUCAAUAA